AUGGCAAAGGGUUUAGCUAUAGCAUCCCUCCAAAUUCUCAGCGUGCUUUUACUAGCGAGCUUAGGACAAUCAAAGACUGUGCUCACAAAUUUGACGGUGUACCUCCACGAAUUUCAAAGUGGAGAUGCUCAGUCUAUUUUCCCAGUUGCAGGUCUCCCCAACGUAACUUGGGGCUUUGGCCAAUUUGGAACUGUUUUCGUCGAUGAUAAUAUCUUGACACAAGGCGUUUCAAUCAAAUCCACACUAGUUGGUCGUUCGCAAGCCAUUCCAGUAGUAGCAUCCCUUGAUGGCAACAACACGGCGCUUGCUGCAACGAUUCUGUUCACUAAUGGAAAGUACAAGGGUAGCACUGUGGAAUUUAAAGGAAUUGCCCUGCGGUCUUUGGAUGCCAAUGAAUUUGCGAUUAUAGGAGGAACCAAACAAUUUCGGUAUGCAACAGGGUAUAUUAUCUUUGAGCUGGUCAGCUCAGUAGGAGGUUACAUCAUUUCAAGGGUGGACCUCUACAUUAGACAGGACAUACCGGAUGACUACCCUGGUAUUGCUUUUCUUUAG